GGAUUAUUGGCCAAACCUGUAAAACCAAUAUCACACGAUCUGGAAGACUUUAUAUCUGAGUCUGGAGAUGCUGGUUUCAUCGUGGUGACUCUGGGAUCGAUGUUGUCCUCACUACCUCUAGUGGAAUUCCUCAAGGAGAUGAAUGGUGCAUUUGCUAAGAUCGAGCAGAAGGUGAUCUGGAGGUAUCAAAAGUCAAAGUGGCCACAAGAGGUGGAAAUUGCUCCCAAUGUGAAAAUUAUGGACUGGGUGUCACAGAACGAUUUACUGGGGCACUCUAAACUGCGCCUUCUGGUGACACAUGGGGGAAUGAACAGUUUGAUGGAAGCUGUGUAUCAUGGAGUUCCUGUUCUUGGGAUACCACUUUUUGGGGACCAGAAUGAAAACAUGGUCAGAGUAAAAGCCAAACAAAUGGGAACUUAUAUUCUACCUGGCCAACUUAAGGCUGACAACUUUGCAAACACCAUUCAACAUGUCAUAGAAAACAAAAGCUACAAGACAUCAGCAAUGAAGCUGCAAGCCAUUAGGAGGUCACAGCCUUUCCUCCAGACCAACAAUUACUGAGAUGG